GCUUUCGGAGGCGCGGCGGACGGUCCGGUACGAACCAGCCCCGGCGGCCGCUGCUGCAAGUUCCCGGGACCGCGCGCUCCUGCCGCUCGCCACCGCCUCUGCACCCUCCGGAGCGGCGCGCGCGGCGCUGCCCCACUACACAUCCAGAAUGAUUCCCUGCCGUGCUGCACUGACUUUUGCCCGCUGUCUCAUCCGAAGAAAAAUCGUCACGUUGGACAGUCUCGAAGACACCAAAUUAUGCAGAUGCCUAACCACCAUGGACCUCAUCGCCCUGGGUGUUGGUAGCACCCUCGGUGCCGGGGUUUACGUCCUAGCAGGCGAAGUUGCCAAAGGGAAUUCUGGUCCCAGCAUUGUUGUCUCCUUCCUCAUUGCUGCCCUGGCUUCUGUGAUGGCUGGCCUUUGCUAUGCUGAAUUUGGGGCCCGAGUUCCCAAGACAGGCUCAGCAUACUUGUACACUUACGUUACCGUGGGCGAGCUGUGGGCUUUCAUCACUGGCUGGAAUCUUAUUCUGUCUUACGUAAUAGGUACAUCAAGUGUUGCAAGAGCAUGGAGUGGCACCUUUGAUGAACUUCUUAACAAACGGAUUGGCCACUUUUUUGGGACAUACUUCAAAAUGAAUUAUCCUGGCCUUGCAGAGUACCCCGACUUUUUUGCUGUGUGCUUGAUACUUCUGCUAGCAGGUCUUUUGUCUUUUGGAGUCAAAGAGUCUGCGUGGGUGAAUAAAAUUUUUACAGCUAUUAAUAUUCUGGUCCUCCUCUUCGUUAUGGUUGCUGGCUUUGUGAAAGGAAAUGUGGCCAACUGGAAGAUUAGUGAGGAGUUUCUCAAAAAUAAAUCAGCAAGCGCCAGAGAGCCACCAAGUGAAAAUGGAACCAGUAUCUAUGGAGUUGGUGGUUUUAUGCCUUAUGGUUUUGCAGGAACGUUGGCUGGGGCUGCAACCUGCUUUUAUGCCUUUGUUGGAUUUGACUGCAUUGCAACAACUGGUGAAGAAGUUCGAAAUCCUCAGAAAGCUAUUCCUAUUGGAAUUGUAACUUCUCUGCUUGUUUGCUUUUUGGCCUAUUUUGGGGUAUCUGCUGCCUUAACACUCAUGAUGCCGUACUACCUCCUUGAUGAAAAAAGCCCCCUUCCUGUAGCCUUCGAAUAUGUUAGAUGGGGUCCCGCCAAGUAUGUUGUUGCAGCAGGAUCUCUCUGUGCUCUCUCCACAAGUCUUCUUGGAUCCAUUUUCCCAAUGCCUCGUGUAAUCUAUGCUAUGGCGGAAGAUGGGUUGCUUUUCAAAUCUCUAGCUCAAAUCAAUUCCAAAACGAAGACACCAAUCAUUGCUACUUUAUCAUCGGGUGCAGUGGCAGCUGUCAUGGCUUUCCUCUUUGACCUGAAGGCCCUCGUGGAUAUGAUGUCCAUAGGCACUCUUUUGGCUUACUCUCUGGUCGCAGCCUGUGUGCUCAUCCUUAGGUACCAGCCCGGCUUAUCAUAUGAGCAGUCCAAGUGUGAUCCUAAGAAGGAAGGUCUGGGAUCUUGCAGCAACGCAGCCUCCAAAACUGGUUCCCAGGUCACUAUGCUGCAAGAACAGGGCUUUGGCCUGCGCAGCAUCUUCAGCCCAUCUGUCCUGCCCACUCAGAAGUCAGCUACUGUCGUGAGCUUUCUCGUAGGAUUACUUGCCUUUCUUGUUUUGGGCCUGAGUAUUUUGACCACACACGGAGUCCAUGCUAUUGCCAAUCUGGAAGUGUGGAGCAUUGCUCUUCUGGUGUUCUUUCUUGUCCUUUGCAUUGCCAUUGUCUUCAUCAUUUGGAGGCAGCCCCAGAACCAACAAAAAGUAGCCUUUAUGGUUCCAUUCUUACCAUUUCUACCAGCCUUCAGCAUCCUGGUGAAUAUUUACCUGAUGGUUCAAUUGAGUGCAGACACUUGGAUCAGAUUUAGCAUUUGGAUGGCACUUGGUUUCUUGAUUUACUUUAGUUAUGGCAUUCGACACAGCCUGGAGGGUAGUAAAAAGAGGUAUGAAGAGGAGGAGGACAACACCUUCUCAGACAACGUUAAGGCAACAGAAGAAAAACCUGCCAUCCAAGCAAAUGAGCCCCACCAACAGAACCUCAGUUUAUCUUUCAUCUUGCAUGAAAAGACAAGUGAGUGCUGAUGGUCACCGAGCAGAGCUGAGCGGGUCCACAGUCCCAGCGCACACUUCCUCCUUCUGUGGAGGAGUCCACAG